UCUGACAGUGCAGGAGAGAGAGGGAGGAGGAGGAGGAGAAAAAAAGAAAAGAGAGAGACUGAGGCAGUUCUCUCCUGUCUGUUCUUUGCCUUCACAGAGUGUGCACUCACUUCUCUGAUGAGCAAAUGUGAGUGAGUGUGCGUGAACGAGAGAGGGAGAAAAGGAAGAGACAGAGAGAAGGAGAGGGACAGAGUGAAAGUGUGAUAGAGGGUGAAUUCCAAAGAGAAGAGGAUACGAGAGCACCGCUGGCAUCCUGUGGGUGAUUUUACCAGUUGGACAGUUUUUAUUGCGGAAUUGCUGCAAGUAAACAGAUUCUGCUGCACACAGGUGAUUCUCUUCAGCGAGCCACAAGCAUUCAAGCCACUCUGGAUGUUGGUUCAUCAAUGUCCUCCAGAAAUCCCCCACCAUCCGGCCUGGGAUCUACGGACCAUUUGUCUUACUGAGGCCCCUUUGGAAUUUAGCAGAGAAUCUCCCUCCUCAAAGAUCUUCCAAUGCUCACGGGGAACUGCUGGUUGCUGUUCCUCUGGUGUCUGUUGGACAAAGCCUUCGUCGCUCCCCUCCACUCUCCAUCCCACGACAGGAUGGGGAAGGAGCACCACCGGAACCUGAGAAGACAUGGGUUCUCUGGAGCUCAAAGGGUCAAGAGAGGAUGGGUGUGGAACCAGUUUUUUGUUCUAGAAGAAUAUAUGGGUUCGGAACCUCAGUAUGUUGGGAAGCUCCACACAGACAUGGACAAAGGGGACAACCUGGUGAAGUACACCCUGUCUGGAGAAGGAGUGGGCUCCAUCUUCACCAUCGAGCCCACCACCGGAGACAUCCAUGCCUUAAGGAGCCUGGACCGGGAGGAGAAGCCUUACUACACGCUGCGGGCCCAGGCGGUGGACAUGCGCACCGGCCGGCCGCUGGAGCCCGAGUCCGAGUUCAUCAUCAAGGUGCAGGACAUCAACGACAACGAGCCCAAGUUCCUGGGUGGACCAUAUGCAGCCACUGUCCCGGAGAUGUCACCUGUAGGCACCUAUGUGACACAAGUGACAGCAAGUGAUGCCGAUGACCCCACCUAUGGACACAGUGCCAGGAUUGUGUACAGCAUCAUCCAUGGCCAACCAUACUUCUCAGUGGACUCAAAAACAGGGAUUAUAAAGACAGCUUUGCCAAACAUGGACCGAGAGGUGAAGGAAGUCUACCAGGUCCUCAUCCAAGCCAAGGACAUGGGAGGCCAGCUCGGGGGCCUGGCAGGGACCACUACCAUCAACAUCACCCUCAGUGACGUCAACGACAACCCCCCCAGAUUUACAAAGAGUAUCUUUCACCUGCGCAUCCCCGAGUCCUCCCCCAUUGGGUCAGCCGUGGGCAAGAUCGUAGCUCAUGACCUAGACGACGGCAAGAAUGCGCAAGUGGAGUACAGUAUUGUUCCAGGGGAUGGGGGCACCAUGUUUGACGUCGUCACCAACGAGCUCAACCAGGAAGGCACAGUGAUCCUCAAAAAGCGUCUGGACUAUGAGACUAGAAAGGCGUACACGUUUAAAGUGGAAGCUUCGAAUGUGCACUUGGACCCUCGCUUCCUGCACCAGGGGCCCUUUAAGGACACGGCGACAGUGAAGGUGAACGUGCUGGACGUGGAUGAGCCCCCGGUGUUCAGCAAGCCCCACUACAGCAUGGAGGCCUACGAGGACACACCUGUAGGGAUCAUAGUGGGCGCAGUGAGAGCUCAGGACAUGGACGUAGGCAACAGUCCAAUAAGGUACUCUAUUGACUGGAAGAGGGAUUUGGAGCAUGCAUUUGACAUUGACCCAGUGGAGGGACUUAUCACAGUCAGUGAGUUCCUGGACCGGGAGGCUGUGGCACGACACAACAUCACAGUUGUUGCAACUAAAGUUAACAAUCCACUUUUGUUUAGCAAGGUUGGUGUCACAAUUACCGUGUUGGAUGUCAACGAGUUUGCUCCAGAGCUUGUCAUUCCACCUGAGACCAUUGUUUGUGAAAGUGCCAAAGUAGGACAGGUGAUCCAGCUGGUCAGUGCUCAGGAUAGAGAUCUGCCUGCAAUGGGUCAGAGGUUUUAUUUCAAAUCACUCAAAGAUGUCCGGAACAGGAACUUCACCAUACGGGACUUCGGAAACAACACGGCGGGCAUCGUGACCCGGCGCUCGGGCUUCCGGCGGCAGCAGCAGCGCUGGUACAUGGUGGGCGUGGUGGUGGAGGACGGCGGCUUCCCGGUGCGGAGCAGCACGGCCACGCUCUCGGUGCAGGUGUGCUCGUGCGCCGGCGGCAGCGGCGGCAGUGCUGGUGCGCUGGUGGCGUGCAGUGCCGAGGCCGUCUUCCUGCCAGUGGGCCUGAGCACUGGCGCCCUGGUGGCCAUCCUGCUGUGUGUAGUCAUACUGCUGGUGAUCGUGGUGCUCUACGUGGGCUUGAGACGGCACAAGGACAAGGAGGCUCUUAUGUCCUCUAAGGAGGACAUCCGGGACAACGUCAUCCACUAUGACGACGAGGGAGGCGGCGAAGAGGACACGCAUGCCUUCGACAUGGGAACACUCCGCAACCCCAAGGCCAUGAAAGAGCUGGCGCUGAGGAGGGACGUCCGGCCAGACGGACACUCUCUGACGGACCUGGCCCAUGCUGCAGCCGCCGCCGCCGAGGACAGCGAGGACAUCCGCUCGUACAUCCACCAGCGGCUCAUGGAGAACCACGUCAACGGCACGGCGCCGCCGUACGACUCGCUGGCCACGUAUGCGUACGAGGGCGAGGGCUCGGUGGCUGAGUCGCUCAGCUCCAUUGAGUCUUUGGCCCCUGACCCCGAGGAGGAGUUUAAGUGCAUCAGUGACUGGGGCCCACGCUUCAAAACACUGGCUGGCCUCUUCGGAGAUCAGGAUGCGCAGGCUGCACGGGUCAGCGAAAACAAUGAUUCCCACUGACCAAACCGCCAUGUUUGAGUUUUAUUUUGUAUUAUUAGUCCCUUUGUUUGUUUGUUUUUGGACAUUCAAGGAGCAUCUCGACGCUCAAGAAACACAACAAAAGCAAACAAAAUAAUAUGACAAAAUAGACUUUUUUUUGGUCCCUUUUUGUUAUCGCUCUCACUCUCUCUGUUUCUGUAAAUUGGGUAUCAUUGUAGUCUAGAGUGAGGGUCAGAUUCUGAAAUAUUGUAGACGUCGUCAUUCAUUAGUUGUUAAUGUUUUUAAAAAAAAAAUGAGAUAGUAAGGUAUCUGUUUUUGCAAUUCUCACUAUCCCCUUUGAUAUCUCAUGAAGUGCCUCAGGAACAGUUGUUUUGUAAGUCUAUGCUUUGCUUCCUCAAUUUAGAAGCCCUGCAAGAUGUAGUACUGUUGUAUGUAGCAAACUCACAGUUUAUAGGGAACAACAGAUCUGUCAAAUGGAGAAAAAGGACACUGCGCUCAAUACUUCCUACCCAUCGAUUUGCCAAAUGCAUUUAAAUCACACAGUGGUAUGCAACUACUGUAUUUGUAAGUGAACAUUAAAUUGAAGUGGAAUUUUGUAAUACCUGU